AGAACCCGCUGACUGUGUCAUUUCCUGUCUGGCAAUAAAAUGGCAACCCCGAGUAGUGGCACGUCCAGGCGUUUAGUUCAGUAUGUCAUCGUCCGAUCAGACCUGAUACACACUUUAUCAUGGCCUUUAGGAGCGGUUAUAACUCAAGCCUGUCAUGCGGCCACUGCAGCCAUUCAUUUACACUACAGUGAUCCUGAUACACAGGAAUAUUUGGCAGAACUGGACAGCAUGCACAAAGUGGUACUGCAGGCACCAGAUGAGGCUUCUCUCUCCACUCUUUCCAGUACUCUACGUGAAAAAGAUAUAGCUCAUAAACUAUGGAUGGAGCAACCAGAGAAUAUCCCCACAUGCUUGGCUUUGAAGCCCUACCCUAAGGAGACUGUGCAGCCCUUUCUAAAAAAGUUCAAGCUUUUCAAAUGAAUUUUGCAUGUAUUGUACAGUAUAAACACAGACUGGUCAGAAUGGCAUGUGGCAUUAAGAAUGAACCUGUUGAAACAGCCUUACCAUCACAUCUGACUUUCAUCCACAUUUUGUCUCCUGUUAUAUCUGUGUAGCAAAAUGCUACUUAGUUAUGCUAUUGUACCAGUAUGGUGAUUGAUAAAUAUAAAAUCUUUAAUAUGUGAAA